AAGAUGGAUGAACAAUUCAAAUUGUCGAACAAGAACAAAAACUUUUCGAUCAAUUAUUCCGCACCAAAACAUCGCCCCCCAUCCCCCCGUUGUUUCCAACACCAGCACAGUCAACUCAGAUUUUUGGUCAACCGUGACCGUCUGAUGAAAAUGAAAUCACACACCCUCCAUCUUUGACCACCCCAUCCAUCUCUCGCUUCUUAUUCCUUUCAGGCGGAGCAGAGUAGCGUAGCAGCCAGAGAAGCCAGUCGAGAAGGCAAGGAUGCCGCCUUCCGCGCGCGCCGAGCCCGGCAACGUCGUCACCCUCAACGUGGGCGGCCAACUCUUCCAGACCACCCCGCAAACCCUCGCCCUCGCCGGCCCCGACUCUAUCCUCUCCUCCCUCGCCUCUUCUCUGCCUUCUUCCUCCUCCGUCCCCUUCAUCGACCGUGACCCCGAUCUCUUCGCCGCCCUCCUCUCCCUCCUCCGCACCGGCCGCAUCCCCUCGCGAGCCACCGCUGCCUUCGACCACGACGACCUCCUCGCCGAAGCCCGCUUCUACGCCCUUCACCCCCUCUUCCUUUCUUCUCUCUCCAGCCACGCCCUCUUCGAUGCCUUCGCCCUCCGCCGUUCGCUCCUCCUCCCCCUCCCGGGACGCGACGCGUGCUCCUCCCUCGCCCCCUCCCCCCUCGACGCCUCCCUCCUCGUGGCCCACGGCGGCAAGGUCUCCUCCUUCGACCCCUCCCUCCGCCGCCGCGCCACCGUUCUCACCCCCCUCCCCGCUGUCGACUCCCUCCUCGCCCUUGGACCCCUCGCCGCCGCCGGCGCCGCCGACUUUCCCGGCCUCCACCUCCUCGACCUCGGCCACCCCGGCGGCCCCGUCCGGCACGUCCUCCGCUGGUGUCCCCACCCCUCCGCACCCGCCGCCGCUGUCCAGGCCAUCGGCUCCUCUCCUGACCUCCUCUUCUGCAGCUUCGAGUCCUGCCGGAGGAACGCCAGCGCGAUCCUCGCCUUCGACCUCACCACCUUCCAGCCCGUCACAGAGAUCGCCCGCCGCGAGAUCUACGGCGCCGAGCUGGACUCCGCGAUCCCGGCAACGAAGCUGCAGUGGGUUCCGGGAUCCAACCUGCUCAUGGCCGCCGGAUCCCACGGCGGCCCUUCGGGGCUGUUGGGCGACAUCCGGCUAUGGGAUGUGAGGUCCGGCGAAGCGAUCUGGGAGCUGAAGGAGAAACACAAUUGCUUUGCGGACGUCACGGUAUCUGAUGGCCUGUCGGCGAUGUUCAAGGUGGGGAUCAACUCGGGCGAGGUUUUCAUGGCGGAUAUGCGGAAACUGAGCUCCGAGGAGCCAUGGAUUUGUAUCGGGGACGGUAGGAGGCCGGCGACAGGGAAGAAGGAAGGGGGCGGGUGCCGAAUCGAAAGCUACGGGAGGCACGUGUUCUGUAGCAGAGGAGGGGAUGUGGAGAUGUGGACGGAGGUGGUGAUGGGGUGUUGGAGGAGGGGUGAGGAGGGGUUAGAGAGCGAGAGGGUGAUGAGGAGGAACUUGAUGGGAGGGACGAAGGACGGGGGAGGGAAGAAGAUAAACAUGUUGGGGUUUGGAGGGAACAGAAUGGUGGUGGCGAGGCAGGAGGAGCAGUGGGUGGAGGUAUGGGAAAGCUCGCCCAGGAGUUGAUGGGCUCGCAAGAAGGCGGAAUUCUAACGUUGAGUUGUUGGUAUUCUUGUUCGUCGUUUGUCGAUGGUUUUUUUACAUUAAGUUUAGAAAAUGUUGCAAAUGUGAACAUGGCAAGAAGGCAGAAUUCUAAUGU